AUGGACUUAUCUACUAAUCCGUCCACCUUGCUUAAUAAAAUGAUUCGAUUAUAUUGUAUUGAAGACAGGAUUUUCAGUGGGUUCUUAUACACUGUAGACCCAAAGACAGGGAACUAUGUGUUAUUUUCACAAAUGAAUGGAAAAUACCAACCAACUAUUGUCCGCUGUGAAGUAGUUGAGAGGGUAGAAAUACUUGAUGAUGAAAUCCCAUCCGAGUUAAUAAAAAUUUUUGAUUCUUUCACAUCAAUUGACAAAUGUUCAUUGAAUACAAGUGAAGAAAUGCAAACAACAUCUUCGGCGAUCAAAACGUUAACAUCAGAUGAAUUAAGGUGUCGACGUGAGAGAAUCAUUAAACUAUUUUCUUUAAAUCAUCUAAAUGAAGUAAGUGUAAAUGAUCGAGAGGAAGUAGUUAUUCAUAAUGUGGUAUUUAUUAAGCCGCCAUACAAUAUCGACUGUUGUUCUGGUAAAAAUAUGAUUAUAUUGGAUCGUGUUAAAAAUUUAAUCGGUAAAUUAGAAGAGGACAGAAACCAUCCAGUCGAAUGA